GGUGCGCGGGGGGCUGCGUCCGCCGGAGUUGGGGCUCGGGCAGUUCCGUGUGUGUUCUCUGAGUGGAGGAGUGAUUGCCCGGAGCCGGGGACAGAAGUGGUGGGGAAGGAUCCAGGAGGGUGUGACAGGAGGGUGGAAGUAGAUUGAAGACCCCGGGCGCCGGGAGGGAGGAAGACACACGUAGGGGAGACCUCUUAGCAGCAGCGCCGCCGGGGUUUUGGGGAGAGGACGAAGGUCGGGCAGGAGGGUCGGGCUCAGGGAUCUUCAGUGGUUUCAAGAAGAGCUGCCAGGAGCCCAACGGGGAGCCUACCCUGGGUCUAGGGCAGCGGUCCCUGCGGUGGCCCCAGUGACAUUGCACCCGGCGCCGGCCUGCAUCUCUCGGGUCGGGGCCGCCUAAAGGUGGAGCCGCCAGAGGGGCCGCGGGUGGGAUGAGACCCCACCAGGCGGCAGGGCUCUGGCUCUUUAGAGCGGAGCCUGGGGAGUGUGGGGGCGCGCGGAGGCCACCAAGUGAUCCGGUCUAGCGGCCACGGGAUGGUAUCCGGAGCCAGCUUCCAAAUCCGCUGCGAGCAGCCGCAGAUCUGGGAGGUGGCCAUAACCCCCGGGGACACCGCCGGCCCGCGUUGCUCCGGAUAUGGUGGAGAGGUUGGCACCCGGGACGGGGCAGCUGGACGUGGCGUGGUGGGCAGGGAGGGCCCCGGGUGGGCGAAGCGGAGCGUGGCGGGGUGGUGCUCGUGGCAACUCGAAACUCCUGAGUCCGCCCCAAUCCCGUUAGGCGCCGCAGCUGCCGCGAAAUAAUCUGACAAAAGUUAGCAACUUGUCUGCGUCUCGGGUGUGCGACCUGCGCGGGACAGGGGCCGCUCCUUGGGAGAGCGCAGGAGCGGGGGAGCCGUGUGGGUACAGCCAGAUUCGGAAUCGGGACAGUGGCGCAACUUUGAGCUCCUUCUUUCACUGAGCACUCAAUCUUUCUGACGUGGAAAUGCCCGCGGAAGUAAUUAGCAUCUCCAGGAGCUGUGGUGAGGAGACGGCUUGAGGUCUGCGGCCGGGACAGACAUCUGGGGACCGGAGAUGGACACUCCCUCACCCCACUGAGAUGACAGACAUCCCUCGGUGCCUUUGUCAAGCCAGCCACUUCGGCACCACACCUCUGGUGACAGCACGGGCAAGACCAAGUCCUAAUUAAGGAUCAUCCCGCACCAUCGUUUCCAAAGGACAGUGGCAAAGGCAGCCUCCCUCUGUCCUGCACCGUGACGCUUCCUUCGAGGUCCUCACCUCCGAGGGACCCUAGACUGUCACAAGGAUUAAUUACACUUCAACCCCUUUGGUUGGAAAAGGAUAUCACUGUUAUUAAGUUUGAUUAAAGCUUCAUCAAGAGACAUUAUCGGCUGUUUAAGAGUUGCUGACAAAGCAAGCAUCUUUAUUUCCCAAAAAGACAAAUUGUAUGUCAGCAGAGCCAACCCACCACGAGUGGUCCACUUAGCCUUUGAAUGGCACGGGUGGUGUCCAGCACUGCCAGGUGGCUGUCGCCCCAUGGAAGUGAAGUUGGCUGUGUGAGGCUUUGAGGCUCCCUGGGAGUCCCUGCCUUGCCUUGUGAUCGAGCUUCUGUCUCUGGGCUCUUUCUCCCGAGCUCCUCCUCAGUUAGGUGUGAUUUGCUCCAGCCCAUCCCUGGGAGGCACCCGCCACCCCAUCGGGAAACCAGAAAUGGCGGCCCCGAGGAAAAAAACUCUCAAAGUCCUCACCUUCCUCGUGCUCUUUAUCUUCCUCACCUCCUUCUUCCUGAACUACUCCCACACCAUGAUGACCACCAUCUGGUUCCCCAAGCAGAUGGUCAUCGAGCUCUCGGAGAACUUGAAGAGGCUCAUGAAGUACUCCAACCGGCCCUGCACCUGCGCCCGCUGCAUCGGACAGCGGAAGGUCUCCUCCUGGUUCGAUGAGAGGUUCAACUGGUCCAUGCAGCCGCUGCUGACGGCCAAGAACGCGCUCCUGGAGGAAGGCACUUACAGCUGGUGGCUGAGGCUCCAGCGGGAGAAGCAGCCCAGUAACCUGAACGACACUGUCAAGGAGCUCUUCCAGGUGGUGCCUGGGAACGUGGACCCCCUGUUGGAGAAGAGGUCGGUGGGCUGCCGGCGCUGUGCCGUCGUGGGCAACUCGGGCAACCUGAAGGGCUCCUGGUACGGGCCUCAGAUAGACAGUCACGACUUCGUGCUGAGGAUGAACAAGGCCCCCACUGCGGGGUUUGAGGCCGACGUCGGGAGCAAGACCACCCACCACCUCGUGUACCCUGAGAGCUUCCGGGAGCUCGCAGAGAACGUCAGCAUGGUCCUAGUCCCCUUCAAGACCACCGACCUGGAGUGGGUGAUCAGCGCCACCACCACGGGCACCAUCUCCCACACCUACGUUCCUGUCCCCACGAAGAUCAAAGUGAAAAAGGAUAAGAUCCUGAUUUACCACCCGGCCUUCAUCAAGUACGUCUUCGACAACUGGCUGCAGGGCCACGGACGGUACCCGUCCACCGGCAUCCUCUCGGUCAUCUUCUCGCUGCAUAUCUGUGAUGAGGUGGAUUUGUACGGCUUCGGGGCAGACAGCAAAGGGAACUGGCACCACUACUGGGAGAACAACCCAACGGCAGGAGCUUUUCGAAAGACCGGGGUACACGACGGGGACUUUGAGUCCAACGUGACGGCCACCUUGGCAUCCAUCGACAAAAUCCGGAUAUUCAAGGGGAGAUGACGCUGUGAAGUGUCAAGGACUGAUGCGCCAGAGCACGCCUCUCCGUGUCCUGUCCCAGCUUCUUGCCAGAGCCGUUCGGUUCUGGGAACUUUGAGGGCCAGCCCCAGGGGUGUGCCCAGGUGCCCCUUGAGCCUCUUGCACCCCAACAUUUGGCAGCAUCUACUCAGCAAGGUCGCCAAGCCCUGCCAGGGCUGCAGAGCAAAUCUCAGGACCCGUCUCGGGUGGGGAGAACCCCCUCACUGCUGUCCCAGGCUGGGAGGAGGUGGGGAGACAGGAGACAGGUCCAAUCUGAAGAUCCCCACGUUCUAAAGGAUGGUUUCCUGGGGAGGAUGCGCAGAGACUCCUCUCUGCCGAGGGGUCCAGGGCCAGCACUUUGAUUCUCUCUGGGAAGUUCCUGAGGGUGACCUCCAGGACAGCCACGGGGAGCCAGGUGGGCACUGGGGGAAAUGACGGCUUUCUCUGCAUGGAGCCCGGCCUCUCUCACCAGGCGUGGCCACUCCACCUCCCCUUUCUGCCCAAAGCUCAUAGGAGAGGCUCCCCACACCAAAGGUCUUCAGAGCCACUAAGUGUUUCUGACUCCAGGAGACGUCCUCUUCCCAGCAUGACGUUCUCCUGAGUAACCAAUCUUUGUGGUUGUAAUGAUGGCCAAGAGCAGAUCUGACUACUUCCAUGUGCCUUUGUAUUUGGGGGAGAAAUGCAUGCACUGGCUGAAAUGAGGCAAAAGCCCUUAUGUGGCAAAGGGGACCUGGCCAUGCUGUCCCCUUUCUCUGUAGCUCCGACAGCUUUUCUAGUUUCCUGAGCCAGCGCCAAAGUUGCACCAAAGCUUGGAUGAUACUCAGCUCCGCGGAGAAGCCCGUCAACCGUGGACUGUCCAUUCUUAUUUUCACAGACUGUAACCUUCCAAAGCCACACAGAGGGCCUCCACCAGCCGGCAGGUUCCCCAAGGGUCGAUGCUCUGGGCCAGGUCCCUGCUGGCCACCUGCGUGGCAUCCCGGGGUUGGGGGUCAUCCUAGGAACGUGACCGUCAGAGGGGAGAAGUCAUACCUCAUCCUUCACUAUCCAGCUGCUCUUUCUUCUUUGUCAGCCCUCCUGAUUAUUUAUUGUUUUGUUUUGGUUCUGAAAUCCAGCUGAUGUCUGCACUUUGUGGCUCUGUUGAUCUGGCUUCACCUGGCAGCCGGGGAGUGGGUGCUUGAAGCAAAUUUUGUAGGAAUUCUAUGACUUGAGGUUCAGGGAGUCUAGGGUUUGAGGACAAAUCCUGGGGUGUCAGGAUGGGAGAUUUGCAGAAUGCUCUGUACCUCCUCCCCUUCCCGCCCUGCCUCUCUUCUUUCUCUUUGUGGACUUGGAUUCAGUCUCAGGCUAGUAAUCCCCAACCUAGUGGGACUUCCUUGGGGCUGGGUGGGGAGUAGCAUCACAGGCAUGAGAGGGCAGUGAGUGUUGGCUCCAUUACCGAUAUUUAAUCCAAACAAAAACAACCACCACCACCACCAUUUUUCCUGUUGAGAGCCUUACCUAAAAGGCCCCUGAUGCUCUGAGGGGGUGUGACUGUUUCCUGGUGGAGGGAGAAGCCGGGGCCGCCUCUGCCACUCCCUGCAGCCCUCAGGUGAGCCCUGCUCUCCUCGGCCUCAGUUUCUUUCUCUGCAAACGGGGAGGGGGUGAUUGAUGAGAGGUCGUGGGCCGCAGAUGGCACCAGGCAUUCACAGGGGUCCCUGGAAGCCACAUGCCACGUUUGGUUUUCCCUGAUUCUCUGUCUAUGAGUAUUUUCCUGAGGAGUCUUUUCAUAGUUUUUAUUAGAUUCUCAAAGAUACAGAAUCCAGAAAGUUUUGAAAAACAAAUAAUCAAACAAACAAAAAUCUACUCCAACUUUAAAAUUCUCCAAAACUGAAGACCCUCUUGACUGAUAAGGGCUCCUCAAGGGCCGUGAGGUCAGAUUUCGAACAUAAAUCCUCGGAGGCUGGAGCUCAGGACGGUGCUUGACGUGACGAGCUGAGCGAGCGGGCGCCGGCUGGCUGGAGCAGCCCGGGACAAUCUUUGAGGAAAUGGACCCUGAUGCAGGGAGCAGCUGGGCUGAGCCCUGAGCUCUGGCCUCUCCCGAAAGCCAAGUCUGUUUGGGGAGGACGGACUGAGAGGGAGGACUCUGCUUCUCUGGGCUGUGCCGAGUCAGGACCGGCCCCUGGAGUGAGGAGGUGUCCACGGCUGAGCUGCGGGCUGCCUGGCCGGUUGCCUGGUGCCCGUCCCAUCUCUCUUUCCCUCCCACUCGGCUGUUCAAGCCCCAAGAGGCUUUCUGGCCUGCGGAUCCAGCUCUCCCAUUUUACAGGUGAGAAAAGCAAGACCAGAGAAGGGAAGUGACUUGCCAGAGUGAACCAAUUGUGACAAACAGCACAAGUCAAACAGAAUUUGAGUCAAAAGAGGACGCUGUUGGCUCCGUGUUUAAAACAUCUAGCAUCAGGCUUUCCCACCCGGGCUCAUCCAGCCCCUCCAAGAACUGCAGGUCGUGUGGAUGUCUGACUCUGCUCUGCCUCACCACCAGCGUCAUUCUCACUCUGCCCAGGGUGGGCGGCAGCCGCGGCCUCCCCACCACCCUGCCCGGGGAGGCGGCGACGUCAUGCUUCCCCAUAGCCCCAGCAGACAUCUCUGUGUCUCACUAGCUUAACAACAGCCGCCUCACCAAAUAAAAGCCAGCCAUUGUGGCCGGGAUUCAUACACCAUUGCCUUAAACCAGGGAAGACCACAGCCGGGGUAACGGUGGCCGGGCACUGGACGAGAGUGUUUCCCAUGUGGAUCUGGCCAUCAGCAGGAGGACGGGAGGCAUCCAUGCAGGGAGGCUCUCGUGUGUCCAUCAUAUACACUUGGGCUUCCCAGGGCCCUGGGAUCCCAGCCCAGGGCUCUUUCUACUCCACAGAGAUCUCCUUGGAGCCCGGGCCCCGGGCAGGGAGCAGAGGCUUCCCUGCCUGCAGCAAUCAGAGCCGGAAAGGGCCAGGACUGACGGAGGAGAGAGAUGUCAGAGACGUCCCAACCUCCCGUCUCCCCCGGGGAGCCAGGAGGAUGCUGUCACCUGCAGCCAGAGGCCCCGCCCUCACCCACCUGUUGGGGGAGAAAGGAGGACGGGUUUGUAGUGAUCUGGGGCAGAGAAGAAAGUUCUUGAAUUGAUAUCUUUUGAUACCCUGGCUUCAUCGGGUAUCGUCCAGCAAACUAUGUGGGCUGAGCAUAGGGGGAGAAGCCAGAGACAAGAAAACAGGACAGAAAAGGAAAGCCAGGCAAGAAGGUGGAGCAGACGAGUCCUGCAGCAUGAGGGUAGGUUCGCAGGCUCCGUGGCAUCUACGUCUCUGCUGUGGCCAGAGGGUGGAUUCUACCUCCAAGCACACUGGGCCUCUGGGACAAAGUGGACUGGAAUCACAGAGGAUGUUUAGAACUGUGAUGUUUGCUUUAACUGUUCUCUUCAAGGCAGCCUGAAUCCAAAGACGAAAUGGAAAACUGAAAAGAACUCACUCUCCCUUGCAUGGUUGUGGUCAGAAAUGCUUUCUCCAGGGAAGCCCAAGUUCCAAGUGACCCCGGGCCAGCUCAAGAUGGCUGGACUUCGGCCACAUGCCAUCAGGAACUGGCAACUGUCCUCGUCCUUCCGAAGAGCUCAGGGCUGUCACGAUGGUGGACAUCUGGUUUGUACCAGACGUGGCCACAGGCCACCAGCCAGUCGCCCUCUCCUAGGGUCUGGGCUAACAAGUUUUGAGCCCUCCUCGGGGGCUUUGCAAGACAUGUCUGGAAAGAAAAGAAGAGGGUGUGGGGGGAACAGGGGGGCCAGGCAAAGUGGCAUCGCUCAGUCCACGCUUUACCAAAAGCACCGCGUCUCCCACAAGCAGCCAGCCUGUCUCUGGCCUCCUGUCUCCCUCCCAGCCCACCCAUUGAACUUGACCCCAUUGCUCAGCUUCUGAACAGCCUUUGUUGCCCACCUGCCCCAGACCCUGGGCCAGAAGCCAGCUUUAACCUGGGCCUGUGUCAGGAGACCCUCCCCGGCCCUGGUCGGCGGGCCGUCACGUUAGCGCCUAACUGAAUUCACGUCAAAGCCAAAGUUUCCCGAGCGCUUUUCCUCCUUUGCAGUCACGUUGGGUUGGUUGGUGACAUUUUCAGACGCGCUUUCCCCCCUCUUGCCUCAUCCCCAUGUUUUGCAGCUGAGUGUUAAUCUGAAUGCUAUUUGAAUGAAGUCGGCAAGAGUAUCUUCCUCAGCCUCUGCCUUGUUGUUUUUAAUUUAUUGUUGACCAUUUCCAAUGAUCCAAUGAUCUGAAUCAAAGUGAAUAAAAGAGAGCUAUUUUAUUGUU